UUCUGCCUUCAUAAUUAAAACGACAUUUCCAUAUGUUGAGAGUGUCCCGAUUUUGGGGAACUAUAACUCCGCUUCGGAGCUAUCCAAGGAUUUUUCGAUAUGCCUCUACAGCCCCCAACGGUACAGAAUCCUUUGCUGACAAUGAGCGGCCAAUCGACACGAGUUUAUUGUUUCGAGAAAAAACAAAAUUUCAGCUAAAAAAGUAUAAACCGAUUUCCCCUGGUUUGCGACACUUGCAACGUCCCAUUACUGAGAAUUUAUGGAAAAAAGGACCUUAUCGUCCAUUGACAGUGGCCAAGCGCAAAACAGGAGGUAGAAAUAAUACCGGUCGAAUUACUGUGCGACAUAUUGGCGGUGGACACAAACAAAGAAUCCGACUUGUCGACUUCAAACGGACUUCUCCAGGACCUUGCAAGGUGUUACGGAUUGAAUAUGACCCUGGAAGGAGUGGACAUAUUGCCUUAAUUGAAAGCCUGGACGAAGAAAAGCGGAAAAGUUAUAUUCUAGCUUGUGAUGGCCUUCAAGCUGGUGACACUGUCGAAAGUUUCCGUAAUCUCAUGGCGUUGGAUAAGAAUGGAAAGCUUCCUGAUUUGAAUCCAGUUUUAAUUGCUGAAUUAGAGGACGGGACGUUUACUGCCCGUAACCUGAAGCCGGGAAACUGUUUCCCCUUGCGUUUGAUCCCAGUGGGUACAUUAAUUCAUGCUAUUGGUCUUCAACCAGGCCAAAAAGCAAAGCUGUGCAGAUCUGCUGGCUCAAGUGCUCGACUCAUUGCGUUUGAUGACAAAAACUAUGCAAUCGUGAGAUUACAAAGUGGUGAAGAACGGAAGAUUUUAGCCUCUUCCUUUGCUACAAUUGGAACUGUCAGUAAUAUAUAUUGGCAACACCGAAAAUUAGGAAAGGCAGGACGUUCUCGCUGGCUUGGCAUCCGUCCUACGGUUCGUGGUACAGCCAUGAACGCUUGCGAUCACCCUCACGGAGGUGGUGGUGGUAAAAGUAUUGGUAACAAACCAUCACAAUCGCCUACGGGUGUUUUAGCUAAAGGAGGCUACAAGACUCGUAAAGGCAAGAAUAUGAAUAAGCUUCUUGUUCGUGGUCGUCCUCGUGGAAAAGAUAAGCGCUAG